ACCCUGAUAUUUGAGGGCUUAGCGGAUACUUAGCAGGACCGAACGAACCUUCGAGCAAUCGUUCGAUCACGCCCCGACUUCCCAAGACAAUGAAAGGCAUCCAAGAGCUGGAUGACCCGAUCGUCAUCGCAGAAGGCAUCGCCUCUAGUGUCGUCAAGGUCUGCGGGCGUCUUCCCAGUCAAUCAGACGAGCCGCAAGUCGUAGCCCUCAAGUCCUCGACCCUCCGCAAGCGCUUCGCGAAGGAGCCGCACGACAUCGUGAAGGAGCUCAGGAUCCUGCGCAGCCUGUCGCAUCCGAAUAUCGUCCCCCUCAUCCACCACGAACGCUCGGGCGACGACCUCACGCUCUUCCUCCCCUACAUCCCCUUCGCCCUCCCCCAGCUCCUCGCCUCGCCCUACUUCUCCCCGCACAUCUACCCACCCUACCUCCGCCCUGGCCCCGACGCCCUCGCGGAACGCCGCGAUCGCUUCUGCGCCGUCGCGCGCGCGAUCAUGGCGCAGGUGCUCUUUGCGCUGGCGUACCUCCACGACGAGCAGCGCGUCGCGCACCGCGACAUCAAACCCGCGAAUGUGCUGCUGACGGAGGAAGGGCUGGUCAAGCUGAUCGACUUUGGGAUCGCGCGGAGGGAGGGGGAGGGGGAGGAGGAAACGAAGGAGGACCUGUGGCCGGAGCCGAGGGAGAGAAUGUACUUUGAGGUGUCGACGGGCCCGUACCGCGCUCCCGAGCUCCUCUUCGGCCCUCGCACAUACGACGCGUUCGCGAUCGACAUGUGGAGUCUAGGCGCCACGUUCGCCGAGUUCUUCACCCCACUGUCCCUCUACCUCGACGACGAGGACGAGGGCUUUGGAGGCUUUGGUGGUGGCUUCGCAAGGUCGCACAACGCUUCCACCGAUGCAGACGAAGAGGACGACGAAGACACAACUACCCCCCCUCCCCCCUUCCGCAUCCCCUCCCAUCUCCGCAUCGGCUACCCGGGCGCGAAAUGGGCGCGCGACACGCUUUUCAACGGCUCGCGCGGGGAGAUCGGGCUAGCCUGGAGCAUCUUCCAGAUCCGGGGGACGCCGAACGAGGAAUUGUGGCCGGUAAGUAGAGGCAGGAUGCUUGACUUGAUUUGUGGAGUCUGGGCGCUGUCGCUCUGUGAUGACGGCAGAAACUGGCAUGAAAAUUCGCAGGUGUCUAGCGCCCGUCCCUCCUUGGCUGGGCCCCCCGGGCAUGGUCUCCCCCUGCAGGGGCCCAUGUCCGGGAGGCGUGGUGCUAGCUACCGACUACUGACGAUGAUCCUCGGCAUACCCUCCCUCCCACCAGCAUAACUCCCACCAGCAUGACUCCUCCCACCAGCAGCACCUCCCCGCAGCAUGACCUCCCAUCGUAGGGGCAGCAUAACGGGUAGCGGCGGCCACGACGACCACGAGCAGCAACACGGACAGCAAGCGAGCGAAGAGGGGGGAG